GUGAAUAGAAUACGCUUUCCCGAAUGUCAGUCAGAGAUUAUUGUUAUUUAUUUUGGUUAAUUGUUAAAUUAAAAGUAGUGAUCUGUUUUUUUUAUUAAAAAAUAUUUGCUUUUUGUAAAUAGCAUACCUUGAGUUUUUGUGUUGCUGUCACACUGGAUGGACCAGAUUUGAAUCUGACUAAGCCACCGGUGAAAUGACAGAGGUGAGACAAAGGAAGGGGAAGACAAAAGAGACCCUUCCAGGGAAGGACAAUCUGGAUUGUCCCGAAACUCCACUGAAAGACAAUGGAUGUGAAGUGACAGAGGAACAGGCAUGUCAAGAAUCAGAAGAGAGUGUUCUGGCAAAGGAGAAUUUGGAUUGCCCCAAAACUCCACUGUCCAAAACUCCACAGUGUAACAGCAAAUCUGUCUUGUUUCAACGUUUGGCAAGGCUGUUCUUCGGUUGCUUGGCCGCUGUCACCAGUGGUAUGAUGUAUGCUGUGUACCUCUCAACCUACCUUGAAAGGAAAUUCUGGUUUUCCAGCAGACAGGAUCUUGAAAGAGAAAUAACAUUUCAGAGCGACGGCGGGGUUUACUACUAUUACUACAAACAAAUGCUGGAAGCGCCUUCAUUCCAAAGAGGUCUUUAUGAGCUAAUGCGUGACAACAGGACAAUAUCAGCACGAACCAUAAAUGUAAUUGAACAAUUGUCAUUGUAUCCAGAGCUUGUCACUAGCCUUUUAUAUCAAAUUACUGGAAGCCAGGAUGUGAUUGAGCCAAUCUAUUUCUACAUCGGUGUGGUAUUUGUACUGCAGGCUGUGCAUGUGACUGCACUGUUUGUCUCCAGCUGGAUUAUGAGUGGAACGUGGAUAGCGGGGAUGCUUUCAGUGGCGUGGUACAUUGUGAACAGGACAGACGCAUCCAAGAUAGAAUAUGCAAUUCCUCUGAGGGACAAUUGGGCAUUGCCUUAUUUUUCCUGCCAAGUAGCUGCCUUGACUGGCUUUUUGAGGAACAACAUAAACUCAUCCACAGAGAUCUUCUGCUAUCUCCUUGUGAGUGCCUCCACCUUCACCUUCAUGGUGAUCUGGGAGUACAGUCACUAUGUGCUGUUUGUGCAGGCCCUCACACUCUUCCUGCUGGACAGCUUUGACUUGGUUCAGACUCGUAAGGUGAUUGAUAUAUAUAUUAUCUACCUGUGUUCUAUUGCACUGGGAUAUUUUGCGCAGUUCCAGAAUACCAGCAUUCUGAGCUCCCCGUUGCUAAGCCUUGUAGCUGGUUCAGUCCUUGCAAGGUAUUUACAGCAAAAUAUGAAGAAAGGCCCUGUUGUAGCCAGACUGAUGAAAAUCAUGCUGCAUUUCUAUUUGGUGUUUACAAUCGCAUUUACAUUCAGCUUUGUCGUAAAGAAAAUAGUCUCGAGUGAUAGUGGUCAUUUAUUCAAAUUACUUGAAGUGAAAUUUGGAUUUAACACCACAACAGACUUCACCACAAACCUGCUGCUUUGUCAAGAAGCUUUCCAGGUUCCAAGCCAGGAUUUAUUUUUAAGACUGACACAGGCAUCUGUGCUGCCUUUCUAUAUACUUGUAUUGCUUGUCUGUAUUGUGUCAACAGUACAGAUGAUAUACCGGAGGCUAAGCGGUGAACCAUUGGUAACAAACCCCAGGCUGGAAGAUGGGUGGAUAGGACAGCAGCCUGAAGUCAUCUAUCAUGUAUUCCACACAAUCUUCUUCGGCUCAUUAGCAAUGGUGUUUGAGGGCCUGAAGCACCUGUGGAUUCCCUACGUCUGCAUGUUUGCAGCAUUUGGAGUCUGCUCUCCAGAGCUGUGGAUGACUGUCUUUAAGUGGCUGAGACUGAAAUCUGUUCACCCAGCCGUGCUGGCUCUUAUAUUAAGCACUGCUGUUCCUACAAUAAUAGGAUUCAGUUUAUGGAGAGAGUAUUUUCCCAGAUUAAUAAACGAGCUGUCGGAGCUCCAAGAGUUCUAUGAUCCAGACACGGUGGAACUGGUGAGCUGGAUAAAAAGACAGGUUCCUGUGGCUGCUGUGUUUGCAGGGAGCCCCCAGAUGAUGAGUGUAGUAAAACUCUGUUCAGGGUGGACAGUGACCAGUUUACCUCUUUACAAUGAUGCUGACCUUUUGAAAAGGAAUGAAAAUAUUUACCAGGUCUAUGCAAUGAAGUCCGCAGAGGAUAUUUAUAAGAUCCUCACGUCAUACAAAGCUAAUUAUGUGAUUAUAGAGGAGGCUGUCUGCAGUGAGAUGGGUCCAUCAAGAGGUUGCCGAGUAAAGGACUUGCUGGAUGUCGCUAAUGGACAUGUGGUGUAUGAUCAAGGUGACAUAUAUGCCUUCUCAAAGCAUGGAAGAUUCUGCCAUGAAAUCAAAUUGAACUUGUCGCCUUACGUUAACUACUUCACCAGAGUCUUCUGGAACCGAUCCUAUCACGUGUACAAAGUCAACACUGUCAUCUCUUUCCAGUACUAAGGGGGACUGAGGCCUUAUCUAUCUACCAGUUGGUGCUGCCUAUAUUUGUUUUUUAUUGAGAUCUUUUUUUUUUUUUUAAAUGUUAGAAAUGUCUUGUCAACCCUGUAUUUGUGUAGUCUGUCAAGCAUACAUGCUGUAGGUGGUGUAAAAAAAAUAAAAUAAAAGGGUUUAUUUUUCAUUUUAAUGAAUAGCCAACCUAGAUGUAGUACUUGGCUGAAGCCCCAAGACAAAGGAUUAGUCAGACAAUAAAACACCACUAUCAAGCACACUUUCACUGACAUGUAGCUAAUUUUUUUCAAGGCGAUAUAUAUUUCAAUAGAUUUCUGAAGCUCAGCAGCAAGUCUUGCAAUCAGGUCUAGUGAAUGGAUAGUGCUGCUUAAGCCAGCUUGUACUAUGAGGACACUGACUACCAUCAUUACUUAGAUUCUUGAGAUCCAGCAGGCUGAACUGCCAGCCACUUUCAACAGUGCUGUCACUUUGCCCUCAAGUCAAAGUAUAUCAGAUCAAUCAGGUUGGUCCUUUAGGUUCCAGCUUUGAAAAAGAUAAAAGAAUGAUGCAAAGAUGAAAGAUGUGCUGCAUUUUACAGUUUGACAUUCUACUUGAGAAAGCUGGGUCAGCCUGUCCUAUUCAUGUGACAUGGUUUUUUUAAUAGUUGCCCUACUGGUUCACAACAGAAAAGAUUCAAUAUUACUGAACAACCCUCUUUCAACCACACACAAACACACACAUACAAUUUUAAUAUUACUGAACAACCCUCUUUCAAACACACACAUACGGUUUUAAUUCUGUCAUAGUAAAAGUUGAGGUUUAAGUUACCUGUAUUCGUUGUCAUUGAAAAAUAAUCAGUUGCAUUAAUGAAUCUCUAGAUUCAAUGUACAAAAUACUGUUGUAGUAAAAUGAAGGUGUUCUUUAAAAUGUAUUUGUUAAGUAGAGCUGCAGAAACCAAUUAUUCGAUUUAUUUGCAUGCUCUCCACAGGUGAGAGUCAUUGGUGUUGAUUGGGAUAAUUGGCCAAGUGAAGAAAGCUGCUUGGAUUUGUGAUGAUUGCUGCUUUUCUUAGACUGUGGAGAACAGCAAUUCACACAACUCCAAGCAGCUGUUUCUUCAGUUGUGCCACUUUGAAUGGUAUAUUGGCCCAGUCGACACCUAUGACCCUUACCAGUGAAGAGCUUAUCUGACUAAUCGUUCUGUGCAGCACUAAUGUUGAGUUUGGUACAGUUUUGUUACAUGCAGUGCAUGUGUAUUGUGAGAUAGUAGCACAUAUACACACAGUAUAUAUACAUACACACACUGGAUUCUGCCGAGUCAACGCCCCGGUUUGAACGAUCUCCCCACCCCAACUUUUUAGCUGAAGGUAACAUUUUCAACAUUAAUUUCAGGUUUUUAAUAACCGUGCACAAUUAAUGCCAGCUUUUGAAAAUACAAAAGCAGCUCAGUGGCAUACUACAGCAUCUGACAAUAAAAAGCAUAAUACUCUAUAAGAAUUCUUUGACAUGGAGUAAUUUAAUUAUGAUAUAUUCAAACCUUUUUGACUGUUUGCCCUUUAGAGCAUGGUGUGAGGCAGACUUAGCCUUCUUUAGCAAGCCCUCACUGGACUUCCGCCCGAAACUAGAGCAGUGAGACCGCACGCUCACUUUGGUUGCCAAUAGUCCCAUUAGCACCACAUUGCUAAUUUUGCUGCAAGCCUCAGUCCUGUUUUUCCUCGUGAUGGAGAGCCCUCUCUCACCAUCUGCGUUGCUGUGCAGCACUACAUGGAGUUGCUUCAUUACUCCAUAGUAGGUAGUUUUUAUUUAAGAGGUUUUUACAGUACAAGUCCACUU